UCACCCAAGUGCUGCCUUCAACCCUUGUUUUUUUUUUCACCCCACAAAACAAAUAGCCAUCGGUUUCAGAUCCCACAAAACGCACCAUCAUACCACUCUUUGCAGUUUGCGCAAUCAAAUCUUCUACUUUUUCUUGUCUCUGCUUAUUAAAUUCAGUGAUUUUGUGAGAACGUAGCUUUUUUAAUCGAGAGAGAGAGAGAGAAACAAUGGGUGACUGUACUCUCUGCAUCCAAACCAAUCACUCCACCGUGAGUCAUCAGAUUAAUUGGUAGGUUCAUGAAGUGAGAUCUGUCACAGAUCAUCUAUCUGAUUUGUACAGCUAAGAAACCAUAUUAGAGAGAUAUAUUUUGGAGAGUGGUGAAAAUUAAUCAUCAUAACCAUGGGAUCUUUCAAGGGUCAUGCUUUGCCAGGGACAUUGUUUCUUCUAGUUGGUGUGUGGCAUAUAUGGGGUUCUGUGGUGAGGUAUGUUAGGAAUCCUAAGGCAUUUCAAGUGAGGGUGUGGAAUCCUGUGCCAGGGUUUGAUGGGAAGCUCAAGCACCUUGAGCUAUAUGUUAUUGCAAUUGGUGCUUUCAUUGACUUGUGCAUCGAGCUCUUGUAUUCAACACACCUCAAGUUUUUUGUUGAUGGAGUCCUUAACCCCUCUCACAUGAAUGACUUUGAGCACGCAGGAAUGCUUCUUAUGUUUUUCAUCUUCGGUGGUGUUACACUACUUACCCAAAAGACCAGAUUUCUUCCCUUGCCAGAAGGUGCUCUUUGUUUGAUUGCUGCCACAGCAUUCUGUGCAGAGUAUCUUCUAUUCUACUUCCAUUCAACAACACACAAAGGCCUUGAGGGAUAUUACCACACCCUCCUUGUCUUCUUGGUUGGACUGUGUAUAUUAUCUUCAGUUGGUGGAGCCCUUUUGCCUACAAACUUUCCAGUGGAUUUAUGUAAUGGCAUUGCAAUAGCACUGCAAGGCAUUUGGUUCUAUCAAACUGCCUUUGUUCUUUACGGCCCUAUGAUGCCAAAAGGUUGUAAGCUCAGGGAGAAUAGUGUCACGUGUAACUCAAGUGAUAGUGAAGUUCGUGGUGAAUUGCUUGCUAACUUUCAGCUUUUUGUUUCGGUCCUUGUGGUCUUAGUUGGAACUGUGGCUUCAUAUGGCUUUGCAGCUUCAAGAUAUGGAAAUUCUGAAGUUAAUAGCUUGCAUACAACUCAUGAUGAAUCAGAUGAAGACUGAAGAAAUAUUGCUUUUUUUUUCCUCUCUUAUAGAACGUUUGUAUAUUGAAGUCAAGGUUCAUGCAUGUAUGAUCACUGAAAAUUGAAAAGUAACACCCCCCCCCC